AAGUGCAGAGCCAGUUGCCAAGCGGUCACACCAACAGCCAGUCCAGAAAAUAGAAGAAAAAGAAACAAGAAAAGAAAACUAAAUUGGACGGUGCAGACGGAGAAGAGCCCCAAAACGCAGAGAAGCAAGAAGCGUAGGAGUCAAAGUUAACCGAACUGAAACUAGGAGAAAACCGGAGAUCAGAGAAUCCAUCAAGAUGUUCGCCAGCAAAUUGGUGAUAUGCACGGCACUGUUAAUGCUGAGUGGAUCAGUGCUCUCUCAAAGUUUAUUGUCGCUAAAGGAUGCUAAGAUUGGGGAAGACCACCCACAACCAGACACUACCACAACGACUACUACACCAAGAACCACAAAGCUAACAACGACGACCACCACAACCACCAGCAAGCCACCAACUCCGGACACCACAACCACUACUACGACAUCCACACCAGCACCAAAAACGACCACCACACCCGCUCCGGUACCCACCACGACCCAUGCCCCUCAACCUUAUCCAGAGCCAUCGGUGGGAACUUGGAAUGCCACGUGCAUUCUCCUCAAGAUGGCUGCUCAGUUCAACUUUACUUACGAGACCAAGGAUGGAAAUUAUUCCCAUGGACUACUCAAUGUUCCAAGCAACGCCACGAUCGGAGACCAUGUUUGCGAUAGUAAGACUAUUCAGUCCAUCGAACUGACCUGGGGCUCUAAUACUUCGGUGGAAUCGAUCACCCUUCAGUUCACCAAGAGAAACGAUAGCGUUGUGAUGUCCCAAAUCCUGAUUCAUUUCACUGUGCCCGUCGAUGACUAUCCUGAUGCCAAGGAGGGCCAAACUAUUCAGCUGUUCCAUAACAGCACUGGCGAAUUCAAGACACCCGAAAAUAUGUCCUACCAUUGCACACGGGCUCAAAAGUUGAACAUGACCGAGACUGUGGACUCGCAGAAGGAGAUUGGUUGGAUUCGCGUCAGCCAAGUCCAGGUGGAGGCGUUCCUUUCGGAGAAGGCCAACGGGUUCUCAACUGUGCACGAUUGCGAUAGCUCCGAGACCUCGGAUGUUGUGCCCAUUGCUGUUGGUAUUGCCUUGGCCGGUCUGAUUUUGGUUGUUCUCAUCUCGUAUCUCUGUGCCAGACGCCGUUCUACCUCGCGCGGCUACAUGAGCUUCUAAAGGAAGCCCAUCAGCCUUUUAUUUGGGGAAAUUUGGAUAUGAGAGUGGGGAGAGAAAUGGAAAGUAAAGCGUUAGAGAGAAAAUUAAGAUUGAUUUUGAUAAUUGGAAGCAGUCUGUGAGUAUGAGAAACGAUCCAUUUUGUUUUGUACCAUUUGAUUUGUAGGAGUUAUUAUUCGUUUUCUUAUACAAUUAUCGUCGGAAAACGCGCUGGAACGAGCAGGUCUAAAAGGGGUGGGAAAUAAUAGGCGAUUCUAUAUCAAAAAAUUAUGAUCUGAAAACUCUGUUUAUGUAUUUGUAACUGUCUGAACUCUGUAUUGUACAUUGAAAUUAGAUUACUCCGUCGUGUCUGUCACUCCGAAACCUUUCUCUAAAAAAAUUUACCAAUGAGGAGCCCAAAAUUUUAAACUUGUAAUAGAAGCACAUAAUAAUAUUUUACUCAAUAAAUCAAUCACGUAAUGUAAUUAGCGUGUCAUUCGAGAAAGGUGAAAACGGGCGAGGAACUCGACGCUUUGGCUAAUAAGGAUGGUUAAUUACGUACUUUAAGCAAAUAUUGACUAUACCAAGGGUCAAAUUUUCAAUAGAACGGUCAUCAUUUUAAAUUCCAAACCUAAUUAUAUCAGAAGAAAAAAGAUUUAUGUAUUAUUGGCCUUAAAAGCGUAAUAAAGAUAAUAUUAAAAAAUUACAAAA